UCUGGCCCGACAGCGGGCAUCGGGUCACCAGGCAUGACAGCGGGCACUGGGUCACCAGGCAUCAGGUCAUUUGGCUCGCCAGCGGGCACCAUGUCAUCUGGCAAGGCAGUGGGCACCGAGUCACCAGGCACGACAGUGGGCACUGGGUCAGACAUUGGAUCGUCUGGCCCGACAGCGGGCAUCGGGUCACCAGGCAUGACAGCGGGCACUGGGUCAUCAGGCAUUGGAUCGUCUGGCUCGACAGCAGGCAUCGGGUCACCAGGUAUGACCGCGGGCACUGGGUCAUCAGGCAUGGGAUUGUCUGGCUCGACAGCGGGCAUCGGGUCACCCGGUAUGACAGCGGGCACUGGGUCACCAGGCAUCGGGUCAUUUGGCUCGCCAGCGGGCACCACGUCAUCUGGCAAGGCAGUGGGCACCGAGUCACCAGACAUGACAGUGGGCUCCGAGUCAACAGGCAUGACCGCGGGCACUGGGUCAGACAUUGGAUCGUCUGGCCCGACAGCGGGCAUCGGGUCACCAGGCAUGACAGCGGGCACUGGGUCAUCAGGUACCGGAUCGUCUGGAUCGACA